CUUGAAUGGGAUUGGCCGGACGACGUAGAAUCUUCGCCGUCCGAGAUACAUCGAACGUGGGGUGAGAACUCUAUAGCUCAAAAUUUAAGCCCUGCACUUUUUUAGAUCUACCCCGUUGAGUGGCAUUUUUGUGAAAAUUAUGUAAAUAUAUUUAUCAGAAUAAGGGAGAAGUGUAGGGGGCGGCGGGUGAGGUGCAGAAGAAGAAUAAGAAGAAGUUGUACCUAUCCAGUAAUUUUAUCUUGAUUUGUGGAUUAAACGAAGACUAGAUUUUGAUAAAGAAAUCGACAAACUUAAACUGCAGCACUCCAGCAACCUUACCCCGCGUUUGAUGUCUCUCGGAUGACGAAGAUUCUACGUCGUCCAGCCAAUCCCGUCCAAGGACUCGUGGCGCUGCUCGCCUCCUCGCCAAUGCGAACGCGUUCUCUGAGGACAACCCGCCCAAGGCUAGUAUGGCGAAGCCACGCCACCGCGCCGGCUAUAGACUCACGGCCUGAAGCGAGUUUGGGCGCGACGGCUGGCGAGCCAAGGCGGCGGAAAGUCGUCUGGCGGAGCUCCCGCCUGAGGCGAGCUUGAUCUGGUCGCAUCAAGCCAAGGACGCCAAGGACUGCCGCAUCAAGGUAGCUGGAAACACAGUCGAGGCGCAGGAGACCCUCCACCUCCUGGGCGUCACACUGGACAGACUCCUACACUUCGGGCCGCACUGCCGUCGUCUACGAAGAAAGACAAGACCACGAAUCAACCAACUCAGACAGCUCACCGGAAGGUCGUGGGGGCUCGGCGAGAGACUCCUCCGGACGGUGGCAAACGGAUACAUCCGCGGCGCCAUAGAACACGCGGCGGCGGCGUGGCUGCCUGCGGCUGCGACAACGCAUCUCGGCGUCUUGGAAGUGGAGAUGCUGGCGGCGGCACGCACCAUUACUGGCUGUCCGAUCUCCACCCCGAGGCACGCCGUGAGAGCAGAAGCGGGCGUCGUGCCGAUGGCGGCGAGGAGGGAUGCGCUGGCAGCACGCCUGCUGGCGAAAGCGCACUCUCUCCCGCCGGAGGACCCGCUGCACGCCGUGGCGGAGGCCGCCCCCGUGCCGCGCCUCAAGUCCGUGACCGGAUGGAGAGACCGAGGAAGAGCGGUGUGGGACCGCGCCGGCGUGGAGCUACCCGUCGAGGCUCGCCUAGCCACGAGGCCGCCCCCGUGGACAGCGACGGAAAACGUGACGAUCCGCCUGGACAUCGGCCCGCUCCCGAUCGGAGCGACCGCGUCGAUGAGGCGAAGCGCUGCGGAGGCGUGCCUGGGAGCGCUCCCCCAGUGUGCGACGUGGGCCUGGACCGACGGGUCGGCGACCGGCGGAGUGACGAAUGGCGGUGCCGGGGUCCUAAUCGAACACCCAGACGGAACGACGGAAGCUCUGCGAGAGGCGGCGGGAAAAAUAUGCUCUAGCUACCGGGCUGAGAUGGUGGCGCUGAAGACGGCAGUGCGACAUCUCCUGGAGCACCCACCCCUCGAACAGGAUAUCAUCAUAUGCUCCGACUCACAGGCGUCACUUGCGACGCUGAGAGGAGGACCAGCGGCCCAGACGUCCCCUCUAGGUGCCGCCAUCUGGGAGCACAUGGCGGCACUGGUGGCUGGCGGGGACCGUAGGGUCCACCUCCAAUGGGUGCCGUCCCACUGUGAGCUGGAGGGAAAUGAGCGGGUGGACGCUAUCGCCAAGGAAGCCGCCGCCCUCCCACAGCAGGGAGUCCCGGUUGACGUCCGCACAGUGUACCGUGCGGCGUCCCGGAUGGCCAGAAAGGAGGCGAUCAGCAACUGGCCGGACGGCUGGUAUAGGCGGCUAAUGGACGGCCACCUACCCGCACCGCUGCCCAGCACUACUCCACGAGAGGUGGCGGUUGAUGUGCACCAACUGCGCGCUGGUCACUGGUCGGGAUCUGCGCAGUACCUGCAUCGGAUCGGCAGGAACCCCGGCCGGGACUGCGCGCAGUGCAACUCGCUGACGUGCCGGGCGGCCGGCUGCCGCUGCUGUGGCGAAGAGGAGGCAGACACGCCGGCACACAUCCUGCUACGCUGCCCGGCACUGAUGCGACUACGCCUACGACAUCUAGGCAACAUACACCCGAGCGAGGAGGAGGUCCGAGGCAGCGGCGUGGUGGCGGCCCUGGGGGCCGCCGCCAGGUACCUCCAGAGCCGAGAGGCUACGUAGCGACCGCUGCGUGGGGAAAAACAACAACAACAACAACAGCUUGAUCUGGUCAGACAGCUCUGCCACCGAUGGUGUGCUAGAUGGAGGAGGAGGGGCCACCCCCCCCCCUGAACCGCGACAUCCGGGAGGUGCGUGUCGCGGCAGGCGCCCUCUGCUCUAGCACGCGCGGCGAGCUAUUCGCCCUAAGAGCGGUGUUGGAGGAGCUGUUGACCAAGACUGGUCGCGACACCUCUCUUCCGAUAAUUAUCGUCUGUACCGACUCGAUGGCGGCGCUGGCCCUCCUGCGGAGCGGCGCGGCGGCCCAGAGAGCCCCUCUGGCCGCAGACAUAUGGGGGCUGCUGGCAGCGCUCACCGAGGGGGCCAGCCAGUGAUAAUGCAGUGGGUUCCUGCACACUGCGGGCUUCCGGGCAACGAGCGGAUGGACGCCCUCGCGCGCGAGGCUGGCGCCCUAUCCCAACGGUAGCGCCGUCCGCCGAUCGACUUGGGCAGCACUAUCUGCAAGGCAGGCGCGCGCGACGCUGCGCGCGCCUGGCGGCGGAGCUGGCAGGACGGAUG